AUGCGCUCUAAAAUAUCUACAUGUGAAGUGAAAGUGAUCGAACGCAUGGCACAAGUACAUUGGUAUGGUCAAGCUCCAGCGGCUGGGGACUGGAGGUUGACGACUGCAACAACACUCAACAACAGGCCUGCUACAACCCUUGUCAGAUACAAGCUGCUCCUGCCCCCGAGGACGCUCAUCCACACGCCCCUAGGGAGGGGAGGGACUCACUCUAACUGUCCUCAACCAAAGGAAUGCUGCUGUCGUCUUUCACAAGGUGUUCCGCUCGGUCACUACUGGGCGCACUAUGCUGACCUACAGUGGCACUUGGAUCGCGUGGCACCCGGACGCAUCCUCGUCCUCACGGUAGCCGUGUCUGGCGCCAUGGGACUCCGCCAAGCAGCCCUCCAACUCGCUCGCCUCGGCUCCCUCUUCGCCUUGCACCUCACGCCCAUGGCACACUGGACAUGGGUCUUCGUCAAGGGCGGCCGCACCAUUUCAGAGACGGUCAUCCUUCAAGGACUAGCUCAACACCAGGCUCACCUUAUUCUGCCUCUCUCCGAUCUACCCACGCCCACUACUCCCUCCAAUCAAACGCUGCAACAACAACGCUGGCACUACUGCCACCUGCACGCUGCCAUGGGCGGACUUUGCGACGAGCACACUCCGGACCCGCUGCCGCCGCCCCCGCCGCCUACCCUCCCGCGCCAAUCCGCCCUCGCCCAUGUGCCCGUCGUGGUCACAGCCGGGGCCCGGCACCAGUACCUCUACCACACCCUCAAUGCCCUCCUCACUGCCCCAGGGGCACAACGUAACAACGUCCUCGUCGUGCUUGGGGACGCACCACAGCCUACCACGCAACUGCUACGUCUCAUCAACGUCAACUUCACCAAAGUUCCUGUUCACGGGGAAGGCAACCUCAAGCUCUUCCGUUACUACCGUAGCGUCUUCCAACUGGUGGCUCGCACCUUCCCCGACGCCCCUGCAGUCAUUUUCCUGGACGAGGACGUCGAGGUCUCCCCAGACUUCUUCUCCUACAUGAGCCAGACUCUGUGGUUGCUCCGCGAGGACCCCACACUCUACUGCAUCAACGGUUUCUCUGCAACAGGAUUUGAAGGACGUGCAUUCGACAAAUCACAGGUAAUUCGAGGAUCCGUUCAAGUAGAGUGGGGUUAUGCAGUUUCUCUCGACUUUGUUAGAGAAGCACUUGCAUCCUGGAUUGAUGAAGUUAACACACUCUUCUAUGACUUUUGGCUGUAUACAAAUAUACGGAAAGACCGUGAAUGCGUGUUCCCUGAGGUGAGUCGGACGCGGCACUUCGGAAUGGGUACCAACACCGUCCCUUACCUCAAAGAGCCCGUUAUCAGAAUGCCCCUUCAGCGCGAGGCUCCAAUCGUGCUUCACGAUGUUGCUGCGUUAAAACUUCCUUCCUGGCAACAGCAUAUCACCCAGGAAAUCAAGGAUGCCACGGUGCUCACGGGCAACCCCUGUCGUGAAAGCUUCCUCCCUUCGCCGCCCACCGCCCGCUCCUACGUCUUCUACUAUCGACUAGAUUGGACCCCAAGUGGGCAAAGCGACAUCUCCCAGUACCACAACGCAGCCAUGUGUGUUGGAUUGUGGUCUCUCUCCGACCAGGGUCACCAUCGCGGCGUCAGUGCAGUGCGAUUCUCCCCCAAUUCGACACUCUACCUGCUCGGUGUUCCUUAUUCACAUUAUUCUCAUCUAUACACAAAAAUCAAAGCCUUGUGGAAUGUAGACCUCUUAAGUGACCAACAGUUAUCUCAGAUGACAAAGUACACACUUGAAAAAGAAACUGCGAAAGAACAUAUCCGUAACAUUAACAUAACUGCCGAAUAUUUAAGUGAAAUAUUAGCUACAAAAUAA